AUGACUACUUAUAUGAAAUUGGUCAAGGGGGCCACCAAGAUUAAGAUGGCUCCUCCCAAGCCGAAAUACAUCGAGCCAAUCCUGCUUGGGACAACAGACCCAGCAGAGUUUCGUGAAAUAGUGCGGGCUCUGGAUACUAGAAUCUCAGAUACAGCUUGGACUAUCGUUUACAAAUCCUUAAUUGUUGUACAUUUGAUGUUUCGUGAUGGGGAUCGUAAUGUGGCGAUUAGAUACUACUCGGACCAUCUUUCUUUCUUCCAAUUAAGUGAAAUAACCAAAUCUGCAAAAUGGGCUUCCGGUGAUAUUCGAGCGCUGGAGAGGUACAAUCAGUACUUGAGGACUCGUUGUAAAGAGUAUGCCAACACUGGGAUCGAUUACGUGCGUGAUGGUUAUUCUUCUUUAAAAUCUGUACAGGGGAAAGGUAUUCGUACGGCGCUCGACCAUGUGGAGUCACUAGAGUUGCAAAUUGAAUCACUUAUUAGAAAUCGGUAUUCACAAUUUGAUCUAAGUAACAGUUUGCUGUUGUGUGCGUUUAAAUUACUUGUGCAAGACCUGCUAGCGCUUUACAACUGUCUCAAUGAAGGUAUCAUUACUUUGCUCGAAGCCUUCUUUGAACUAUCACAUCGGGAUGCAGAGAGGACUCUCGAGUUGUACAAGACGUUUGUUGAUUUGACUGAAGAUGUGGUCAAAUAUUUAAAAUCGGGGAAAGCCGUUGGUAUGAAGAUCCCCGUAAUCAAGCAUAUUACUACGAAAUUGAUAAGAUCGCUAGAAGAACAUCUACGUGAUGAUCAAAAGAAUCACAGUACUUUUAGCAACGAAUCCAAGGAUGCCGCCCAGUCAAAUGCAUCGCUCGCACAGAAGAAACUGGAACAGAUAAGAAAACAAAAACAAUUGCUCGAGCAACAAUUGCAAAAUCAACAAUUACUCGUAUCGCCAUCAGUGCCACAACAACCUUACAACCCAUUCGGUCAGCAACAGGAUACUUUCACAUUCGAACAGCAGGUACCGCAACCAACCGGCAAUCCUUUCCUCACCAUGAAUGACUUACCACAGCAACAAACCGGUUUUUACUCGGCGAACCAAAUCACACCGGCCUUUACGGGUGCCGGAUUCGGCGGAUACUCCAACGAACAACUGCAUCCAUCACAGACAGGCUCUAAUAACCCAUUCUCCUUGGAGCCAGCUGCCACAGGGAAUCUACUAUUACAAAAUCCGUUCACGCAGCCGACUUUCCAACCUGUCCAGGAACAACAUACUCAAGUAAAUCCAUUCCAGCAAUCACAGCUAAUGUCAGCCCAAACAGCACCUAACUUGAUGCAACAAAACUACGAUACAACGGGCUACAAUCAACAACAAAAUACGGGCUACAAUCCAUUUCAACUGCAACAGCAGCAAUUGCAACAACAACAACUGCAACAACAACAACUGCAACAACAACAACUACAACAACUGCAACAAUUGCAGCAACAACAACAACAACAACAACAACAACAAUUGCAACAGCAGCAGCAAAUGUACAAUCAAAAUCCUAAUCUAAUUGAUAUAUGA